AUGCAUACUGAACACUCCGCUUUGAGAUAUUUGAUGGCAAAGAAAGAUGUGAAACCAAGGUUGAUUAGAUGGGUUUUACAAUUGCAAGAGUUUGAUUUUGAGUGGAGUUGUGCUUAUGGGCUUAUUCGUUGUUGUGUGCCGGAAGUUGAGAUGCUGAGUGUUUUGGAGGCAUUCCAUUCCUUGCCUGUGGCUGAGCAUCAUAGUGGUAUUCGGACUCCCCAUAAGAUCUUGCUAUGUGGGGCUAUUAUCAGUGAUGGGAGGUCCCACUUUUGCAACAAGUUGUUCAAAGGGUUAUUGGAGAAGUAUAGGGUUAGCCACAAUGUAGCCACUCCAUACCAUCCACAAACUAGUGGGCAAGUUGAGGUGUCCAAUAGAGAGAUCAAGCAGAUCCUGUUGAGAACGGUGAAUGCUAAUAGACCGGAUUGUUCAAGGAGGCUUGAUGAUGCUCUAUGGGCUUAUUGGACAUCAUAUAAGACACUCAUAUGUAUGUCUCCCUACCAACUUAUUUAUGGGAGGGCUUGUCACUUGCCGGUUGAGAUAGAGCACAAGGCUAUGUUGGCGAUGAAGAAACUGAAGAUGGAUUGGAAUGAAACAGUGAAGCAGAGACUUAAUGGGUUGAAUGAGCUUGAUGAAUUUUGCCUAAAUGCAUAUGAAAGUUCGGCGCUCUACAAAGAGAAAAUGAAGAAAUACCAUGACCAAAAGAUUGAGAAGCGCGAAUUUAUAGUUUGGGAUUUAUCCAAAUUGACUGGUCCAUUCUUGGCCACUAAUGUGUUCCCACAUGGAGCGGUUCAGCUGGAAAUCAAAAAGGGUGCAAGGUUCACUGUCAACAGACAGAGAAUCAAGAUCUAUCUCGGGCAUGCAGAGAGUGCCAAUGAAGUGGUUGAGGCAUAUUACCUUGAUGAAGCCUGA